UAACAUUAAUAACUGUGCUGUGUAUCCCUUUAAGGGAACGCCGCUGCCUCCUUGUGGCCACAACUUUAAAAAAUGGUAUACAGGUUUGGGGCAGGCUUGUGUAUUUAUUAUUUUUUUGCUCGGCUUGUUUUUACUCGGAGUGAGGGAUCGGAGUUGACAAAACAAAUGUUUGCCGUGGAGUCACGAAUCGGUGCAUCACAGUUCAGGUGGAUCUAGAGGAUGGACACGGAGAAGAGAGUCCAAAGGAGUACGCGCGGACUACACGAUCAGAUUUCACCACUGCAUUUCACGAACCAGUAACAUCUAAACAUUUUCUCAGACUCGUGUGACAACAGCAGGUCGAUCACUGGCCGGUGGUUGUCCUGCCGCAGGACAUUAAGUGAGUGUCUGAUGCCGAGUUUGAUUCGUUACCUUGCUGCGAGUUGCUGUCGCGCUUAAGUUACCGGUUUAUAUGAGUUUUGAAUGCGUAAUGAGGCUUACAUUGGCGAGACCACUUGUUGAAAUCUAACAAAACUAAGUUCAGGGUUGUGAGAAAUAAGAUUGAUCGACUUUACAAUACAAGUGGGCAGUUUAAAGAGUCGACCGACUGUUUGUUGUCAUUUAUAGUUCGUUUGUGAUUAAUCGAUUGUGAUAUUUUGAUUGUGUCAUAUCGCUCAUUAGCUGCUUAGCUGUCACGGCUGACUUUAUCCUCUAACGUUAACGUUACCUGACCGAGCAGUAGCAAUCAAUUACACACAUUUAGGCGGUUAUAUCACCAAAUUUCUAUCUUAAUUAAUAAAUAAUGGUAGACACUUACAUAUUUAUGCGCAAUAACAAAAAUAUAACGUUUUCGUCAGAAUCUAAAGUAUUUAGCUCGCUAGCUCGAGUCGUUAACGUUUCUCAACUUGUUUCUUAAAUCCAAGUGAAAUAUUUAAGCUUUUCUGUUUGGCGUUGCACAGUAUUACACGUUUUUUUUCUAUAUAUUCCCCCCCACGAUACAAAACAAGAGCUAGUUUACUGAUGCCAAACAAAACGGUGAUAAACGCUUGAAUGUUUAACGUUAACGUUAGCGAUGUCCAGUUUCCUGACAAACUUUUAGCAAAUUCGGCUCAUCGCAUUUAUACAAAUAUUGGCGUUGGAAUUCCUAUAUAUCAUCGUUACUUUGCACUUAAACUGAAUUAAGUUCGUUAAGUUGUUAAUAAUACGGUUUCAUCGCGUUUUCCAGCUCAUUAAUGGUGGCAAAGCUCAUGUCAUUAAAGCCACAUCGUCAAACCUCUCUAAAGCGUCUGGACUGCACUCUUACACGCUUUUCAGACAUGGAAGGACAAAUUAAACACAUUUGACUUCUCUAUCGACAACAUUCAACCGUCAGUUCCCUGCGAAGUUGAUCUCGAAACUCUGCGGCCCAACCAUGUCUGGAUCCCCGGGCUCGAGUGGCUCCAACCCGCGGAAGUUCAGCGAGAAGAUCGCGCUGCACAACCAGAAACAGGCGGAGGAGACGCGGGCCUUCGAGCAGCUCAUGACAGACCUCACCGUCUCAAGGGUGCAGUUCCAGAAGAUCCAGCAGCUCCAGCUCUCUCAGAACCGGGCACAGUACUACGGUGGCUCGCUGCCCAACGUCAACCAAAUAGGCAAUGCCAGCACUGAUUUCCAGGGGACAUUUCCCUCCGGACUGGACUCUGUGCGAGGGACCAGACACCAUGGUCUGGUGGAGAGGGUCCAUCGAGACCGCAAUCGGAUCAACUCACCGCACCGCAGGCCCAUUGACAAGCACGGGCGGCAGGCUGAGAGCUCUCCAUAUGGAACGAUGUACCUAUCUCCUCCCCCUGACAACAGCUGGAGAAGGGAGCAACCGCCAUGGACUGAAGAGAAACGCCCUGGAUUUAGAUUAAUAUCACAGCUUAACAGAACAAACUCUGACUCAGCUCUGCACACCAGUGCCAUGAGCCCAAACCCACAGGAUCCUUUUGGCAAGAACCAGCAGAUGGGAAGAGGACCUCCUCAGCGAAACGCCAGCAUGAAUGAAGCAGAGGUGGACAGUUCUAGAGACGUGUUCUCAUUUCCUGCUGUCCCUAAUGAGGAGAAUCUGCUCGGAGUGAAUAAGCCACUGCCAAAACAGUUAUGGGAGGCCAAAAAGGUGCAGUCUCUAUCCUCCCGGCCAAAGUCCUGCGAAGUGCCUGGAAUUAAUAUAUUCCCUUCUCCAGAGCAGAAUGCAGGUUUGUCUCACUACCAGGGCACUUUAAACACUGGCGGGUCUCUGCCUGACCUCAGUAACCUGCACUUCCCCUCUCCGCUGCCCACUCCUCUGGACCCCGACGAGGCUGGAUAUCCCAACCUGAGCGGAGGCAGCAGCACCGGCAACCUCCCCGCAGCCAUGAUGCAUCUGGGCAUCGGAAACUCACAAGGGCUGUCAUCCUCUCUAAGCAACCCUUCCAUCCAGGCGUCCCUCACCAACUCUCAGCUACACUCAUCUCUCAGCAAUCCAUCGAUCCACACGUCUCUGCGUCUCUCCUCGCUGUCCAACCCUCCUCCGACGGGCAUGGCGAGUUCACCCAGGAGACGGCCGGCCCCCAUUAGUCCCCUGACACUCUCUCCGGGGGGCGAUCAGAGGCGAAGCCUGGGCAAGCAGCUUUCCCCGACAAUGUCACCCUCUCUCUCUCCGAUCACACAGGGUGUUGCCUUGGACACCAGAAACUUGCCGAUGGAGCCGCCCCCUCCCUACCCCCUUUACCAGCAAACCCAGCAGUCCAUGCAGCAGCAUCAGCAGCAGCAGCAGCAUCAGCAGCAGCAGCAUCAGCAGCAGCAGCCUCCUCCCCAGUCCCAUCCGUCUAUGCAGCAGAGCUCCCAGCAUCCAGGGGUGCAGCAGCGACAAACAGGUGGCCAACAGCAGCAGCAGCAGCAGCAGCAGCACCAGCCUGUGUCCCCGCUGCAGAGCGUCCCGCUCGACUUUAAUUCCAGCGCUCACAACAGCAUGGGGGGAUUUUUUAAUGAUCCCUUUAUGGAGCUGCAGUUUUCUGGACGUCAGUCCAAGUGUUCGUCCUAUCAGGAUCAAUAUAAUAUGUUGGAGAAUGUGAUGAGCUCUGUGGCUGGAGGAUUUGACCCUUCCUCCAACCUCUACUACUCCCAGGCUGCCCUCAUGGGCUUGGGCGGCAGCCAUGGAAACCUGCAAGACCACCUUCAGAUGAGGUCCAAUACGCUCUACUCUAAUUGUGGAGGAGGAGUGCCCAACAUCAUCCUCACAGGUUGGGAUGAGCAGACAGCAGGUCGUUACGACUCCAAUCCCAGCCUCUCUAAGGACAUCAGCAGCAUGUUGUCUGCGGUCCCAGAGUGUUUGGACUCGGAGGGAGUUUUUCCACUGGAGGAUGAACUACGUAUUGAGCCUCUCAGUCUGGAUGGACUUAGCAUGCUCAGUGACCCUGAUAUGGUCCUCCCUGACCCCUCAGUAGAGGACAGCUUUCGCAGCGACAGACUCUGAAGAGCCACAUUCAUACAUACAAGUCCACGGACGUGUCGACUGAAGCACAGAACCUAUAGCACUCAGAUUCCUAUAAACAUAAAAAUACCUUUACAUUUUUUUUAAACACAGAGCGCAUGCAUAAACACUACAUGCUGAUAUAAAGUGAAUCAUCAUGUUCGCAUGAGUCACCCCAGACGCCGUCUCUCAGUGGCCGCCAUUGCUCAGCAUGCUCCAUCUGCCUCCCAAGACACCGAUCAUCCCUCAACAGAUGUGUGAAACCAAUCUGGAUGCUUCACACGUGCUUCGACAAACAAAUAAACAUGCACGAGCACAUGAACCUGCCGCGCGUCUAGUGACAAUCACGACACAAAGCCAUAGCAAUGCCAAACCGACGGUUUGAUCAGGCUUUUGCAUUGUUGGUCUGAUUCAAAGCCAUGCAACCAAAACAAAAUGAAUGUGCUUGUUUUACACAUUGCUUUUGGAUGUUAUCGGAAAGGUCACACCAGCUUUCAGUAACAUUUCGGUAGCAGCAAAAGGAUGGGACCGUCCUGAAUGUGGAGACGGUGCGAAGAUGUCAAUAUGACGUGUUAUGGAACAGAAGUAGUCGACAGCCGGCCUAAUACCAGCCCAUAUUGAUGCACCAAAUGCUGUGAUAUGAGACACCAGCAGGAUGGGUUGAGCCUUCCCCUCUCGCCACACCACCCGAUCUCUGUUUUAAUACCGAAACCCCAGAACAUGUUCGGGGUAAUGAACCAUCUGCCUCGGGCUACUGAGUAUCAACGGUCUCUGGUGUCACUGCCUGAAGUUUAGAGCACGCGCUAAGCAAACCGCAUGAUAAUCAGCGAUUACAUUGAGCCAAAGCCACUCAUACACGCCUCAGGCUGUGAAACCCCAGUCCCUCCUUCAGAAUGUGGCCAGUCCCCUUUAUUCAGAUGACAGGAGAUGAGAAUUCAGUGAAUUAUACCUCUCUUCCUGCACAGUCUACAGCCUACUAUAAAGAGGGGGGGGGGGGGUGUAGAAGAUGUGUAUAGAGCAUUAUUUAGCAUAUUUUUGGUAUAAAAAGAAAAACUAUAAAAGAGAGCUUUGCCACUUAUAUAUAUAUAUAUAUAUAUGCCUCACAAUUUUCUGACUAGAAUGUAUUUUUAAACAGAAAAAGGGCAAACUGUUUACAAAGAUAAAGUUUAAGAACUACGAAUUGUGAGUAGGCGCUGAAAUUUGUAUGAUUUUGGUAUAAAUCUAAAAGAAAGAAAAAAAAAAAAAAACAUUUGUAUGCGGCUGUUAUUGAUCCAGUCCAUAGUUUGCGACUAGAAGCUUUGGCUAUGCAGAACUUUAGCACAGGGCUGUCUCAGACGGCCGGAACAAUCUAGACCAUAAAAAGGAACUGUUUUACUUGUAUAUUUACUAUAUUUCUUUAUACCGACUUGUAAUGCAGCUUCUGAUAUGUCAGUUGUAUUUGUACUGUUCAUGUUCUCUCUCUUUGAACUGUCGUUUGUGGACGUCUUUGGUGAACGUCUGUUGUGAUGGUAUUUCUCACCGUUGUUCAGCAUGGGCCCUCUCUCUGCAGCUCCGAUCCUUGGGAGGGAUUUUUAAGAGAAAAAAAAAAAACACUUUGGGAUUUUAAAAAUGUUUUAAAAGGUGUGAUUUGUGGACUUGGGACAUAAUUAUCAUUGUUAUUGCUCGUGUUGAAGUUCGUACUGAUCUGAACUAAAUUGAUCUGUUGGUUUUAAGCAGUAGUUUUUCUUUCUGCGAUGAUGCAGGCUCUUGCCUUCUCAGCAUGUUAUGCAUGUGAGGACUUUGAAAUGAAUGCAAUAUAUUUUGUGAAUUACCAGAUUCAAAUGACCAAAUAUUUUGAGUUGAAGAAAGAUGUCUAAAUAUAGUUCAGGAAUGUUUUUUUUUCACCAUAUCGUGAGUCAUUUUAUGCCCAUCUCUUGCCUCUUGACUGCCAGAUCUGGGCAAAAAACUGUUCUCUGUUCCCUCUUCUAUUUGUGUUUAUCUGUGUAGCUUUCUAUUCCACUUCCAGAGGUUGGUGAUAGAAAGCAAUAACAACGUUAUCUGUGUGCCAUGUCCACAAUUUUAUUUUAUUUUUUUAUGUAUUUUUGCAUUCAUCCAGGUCAUUACAGAGUUUUGAGUUCAAAACCAUCUUGUUGUCAAAUCAGUCAAGUUACUUGUACUACAAAUCUUCCUCUUUUUUUUUUUUUUUUUUUUUUUGUGCAUUUUUCAUUUUGGUCCAAGUAGGCGAGAAGAGAGGAUGAUUGACACAGGUGUGGUGACAUUAGCUAAAUUUUGUGGGUAAAAAAAGGUCCAUUGUCUUGUUUUCUGAAAAAAUUCCGAAUUGCAUAGAUUUCUGUUGAAAUGACUGGAUUCACCCCAUGAAAAUUAGCCGAACAACGUAAAUAUAGACCCCUUGAUCUAAUAUUUGAUAAAUCUGGUCCCCCGUGUACCAAAGGUAGAACCAGAUUUUUUUUGUUUCGUUUCGUUUUGUAACAUUGUUCUUUUGGUGUGGUGUAUUUUAAGAGAACAUACUGUUCAAGAGCGGUGAAAACAGAAGUUGCUGGGCUGUUGAGCGUGUUUUGCUGCAUCCUGUUUCUGCAACAAAAAAAUAUUUAUAUAACAAACCUCUUUUUAUCAUCUCCCUCAUUGUGUCAUCCUCUCAGUUAACUUUGAAAUGUUUCAUGAAUAUUAGCAGUGGGAUCAUAUUGUAUAGUCUUCGGUGGUUUCAUUGGGUCUGCUGGUUUGUUUCUGCCUCAGAUGACAUGAGAGAGUCUGUUCCCAUCAUUCAUUCUCUCUCUCCGGAAGGAGUUUUUGUCUUCUCCUGCCUUUUUCUUGUCAUUUACCAUUUGUUAACCCUCUGGAUGUACGGUGAUGCUCUUUUUAACCCCCCUUCUGUAUUUCCAGGCCCUGUGCUCUAAUGGCAAAAAAAGGUGUUUAUUGGCUUUUUUUAAUGUAGUCUUCAUAACAAGAUAUUAGUUAUGUUUCUUGUGUUUAUAGAAGGAAUUCUUUUUUUCUUUGUUUUUGUCUUUUUUUUAUGUCACCUUUUAAAAAAUGUACAGUUCUAUUAUUUAAAAAUAUAUAUUUUCUUGUCCACUAGUGUUACUUCCUUGUUUUUUUGUAAUAUGCCAUAUAAAAAUCUUUCUUUUUGUGAUAUUACAGUUUUACUAAACCAGUGGUUUUCAAUCCCAAACCUAGGGCGCCACAGCACUUCCUUAUUUAACACGCGUGAUCGAGAUCAUUAGCAGAGAUCCAUGCGAGAUGUACAAAAUACACAGUGCUGAGUCCCCAGAACCCAGACUGAAAACCUCUGUAUUACACCACAAGGUGUUUGGUUUGUGAAGUAUAUUAUAGUGCUUUCCUUUGAUUUAACAUAAACGAAUAAAACUCUUUACUGGCUCAGA